CAAGUCAACAUGACACCCCUUCCAAAGACAGGGCCUCCCCCAUUAAAGUAUCUUUUGACAAUUAAAUUGACCUCCUGAACCUGACCAGAUCAAGCCACCAGGAUAAACGAUAAAGCAUGAACAGCGACAAGAAGAAAAUUAAAUGAAGAAAAGGUAGGGGGAAAAGAGACCACUAGCCUUCGUUACCAAGAUAUCCACGAUCGGCCAGUGGUCUUGCAUCAGUAUCUUGUGAAUCUCUUAUAUAAGGCGUUUGCCAAAUUCGAUGCAGUGACAACCGAGAAGAAAUAACAACAUCGAUAAGAAGCAAGAUCUAGUUUCAAUUAGGUUGGAGCUAGAAUGGCAAACAUGCAAAUAGUUGUAGCUAGCAAGAAUGUGGAGCCACAGUACGUGGAGAUGAUAGUGCCUUUGUAUUCUUACGGGUGUGAGAGGAAAGUGAAGAAGGCUUUGUCCCAUCUCAAAGGAAUAUACUCGGUAACUGUAGACUAUAAUCAACAAAAGGUAACAGUGUGGGGAAUAUGUAACAAAUUCGAUGUGUUAUCAACGAUGAAGAGCAAAAGAAAAGAAGCUCGUUUUUGGAAGCCAGAAGACAACAUUGAGAUGGAAGAGGCACAACCAUCAUCGCCCCAACCUUCUCUUCCUCCCAAGGGCUCCAGUAAACCUUCUUUAGCUCUAAUGAAGGCUCGCUCUCUAAGCUGGAAGGCAUGGCAAAAGGUCUUCACCAGAUCCUAUUCUUUCUAAAGAUAAGAAAUUAACUAUGCACGCCAAGGAAAAAGGGACAUGGGAAAAAGGCGUAUGUGCAUGCCUCUACGUUUUCCAAACCAAAAGGGAAAAGGAGUGUAAAUUUGAUGUCAUACGUUUUCUCCUCUCAUUUGUAAAUAAAUUGCGGGUUCAAGAUA